GUGUCAAUAUGAUUGGAUAUGAUUGAUUUAUAUUUUUUUAGUGAGAAGGGACUACUUCAUGACCCUGAGAUGCGAUUCUUUGAGGAAGCCUUAGGGUGCUUGAUAAAGGUGAAAGAGAUUGAUGUCUUAGAGAGACUUCAUGAACUGCAGCAGUUACAACAACCCGCUGCCGACGGGGAGAAAGCAUGGAGUGCUGAUGCAAAUGCAGAAAGCUACCUCAAAAAGGGACAGCCCUACACUCAUCUGACAACAGAGGGCAGGCUUUGCAAGUUAGGACACUUCUCGCCCAUCCGUUGUAAAGCCGGACAACAUAAAGUAGCACCGAUCAGUGUCAUCAUCAAAAAGGUCCGGUGCUAUCCCAGUCUCACCGCUACUCUCCAGAUGCUUCAUUCUAAGAGUCAACCGUUCCUCGAAGGCAUCAUCUCAAGCUGUCUUUGGUACAGGCAGAUCAAAGAAGAAAAGCUACUUGUCUGUUCUACAUACCUCUCAGAAAAGAGUCUGUCGUCCUUAUUGGACUAUAGAUGA